AUGGUAGGGAGAAUUCAGUCCUGGACUACUAAGUUCCUAACCUGUGCAGGAAGAGUCCAACUUAUCAAAAGCAUCCUAUUCUCCAUUCAAGUGUAUUGGUCUCAAAUCUUCCUAUUGCCUAAGAAGCUCAUUUUGUUGGUUGAAAGUGUCUAUAGAAAGUUCUUAUGGACGGGAAAUUUUGAGAGUACAAGGAAGACACUUAUAGCUUGGGAUAGAUUGAGUUGUCCAAGGGUAGCAAGAGGUUCGAAUUUGCUGGAUAUAGGCACAUGGAACAAAGCUGCAAUGUGCAAACUACUAUGGAACUUGUGCAAAAAGAAGGAUAAAUUAUGGGUUCAAUGGGUUCAUGUAUACUAUAAAAAGUACAAUCCUGGCUGGGGGACUGAACCAAAGCAGGCAUCUUGGGUGAUUCAAAAAAUCUUUAAAGCCAAGAAGUAUUUUGCAGAAGGUGGUUACACAGAGGAUGAUGUGCUUAGAAUGAAGACUUUCAGUAUUAAAGAUGUGUACUUUAAGAAUAUAGGAGAAUUCAGUAAAGUUUCAUGGAGAAGGAUCAUCUGGAACAAUGCUGGAUUACCAAAAUGGAUAUUCAUUGGAUAUUUGGCUGCUCAUAGAAGACUACAAACAAGAAACAGAUUGAAAAAGGGGGGAUGUAUAAUAUGGGAUGCUAUGUUACGAUGGCUGAAGAUUGUUAGACCAGUUAUAGAUUGGGAACAUGAGAUGCAAUUGGCUGAACAACACUGUCGUGGUAGGAGUGCAGCUGCUGAAAUCUAUAGGAUGAUGCUGGUUGGUAGCAUGUACUAUAUUUGGCAAGAAAGGAAUGCUAGAUUCUUUCAAGAAAUACAGAGGACUGAUGAAACAAUUACUAGAAGUUUAGCACAAGAUAUACAAUGUAGAGGAAAUGUAAAGAAAUGUUUGAAAAGGAAACUGAUUGAAUUGAAUUCUUAUCCUACUGUUUAG